AUGUCCACAGUACGAUACGCGUUAGCAUGUAUCUUCCUAGUUUGGUACGUCGUUGUGCUUGUCUUUGCAUACAACGGAUUUUGGGAGAUCAUGUUGAAAUUCAGAUACAGAUUGAAUAGACAGCAGAGAAGAAAGAACACAGACGCCUUAGAAAGUGUAUCUUCUUCAUCUUUUGAUGGGGUAGAAGGUGUGUCUAUUAUCAGACCGCUCAAGGGUGUCGAUCCAGAAAUGAGUUCGUGCUUGGAAUCAUCCUUUGUACAAGACUAUCCAACUGAUAAGUUCGAGAUAUUGUUCUGCGUGGAUGAUCCAGAGGAUUCUUGUAUUCCGAUUGUGAAAAAUCUUAUAGAGAAACAUCCCCUUGUGAAUGCAAGGAUUCUUUUAUCGUCCAAUUAUAAUCGUGAGACUAGAACUUCGGACGAUCACUAUGGACCAAAUCCCAAGGUGAAUAACUUGGCCAAGGGAUUCCUUGAAGCUAAGUUCGACAUCAUCUGGGCAAUGGACUCGAAUGUUUGGGCACCUUCUAGAGUCCUUGCUAGGUCGGUUAAGUCAUUGCAACAAAACAUAGACAAUGGCAGACCUGUAAGGGGUAAGAGACAGGUAAAGUUGGUACACCAUACACCCUUAGCAUUGAGCGUAGUCGACACAGAAUACAGCUUGAGCCCCAUUCUGUCAUCCGGUGAAGAUGAAGGAGUUUCCACGGAUGCAGCUAGGAAAUGCGGUGGAGUACAUAGGAGAAUUUUGAAGAAAUCUGGUGCUAAAUUGGAUGAAAUGUUUCUUUUCACGUCUCACUCUAAGUUCUACGUGACGUUUAACAACCUUUCAAUUGCUCCAUGUGUGAAUGGAAAGUCUAAUAUUUAUAGAAGAUCAGAUCUUGACUAUGCUGUUAGUCAAAUUCCUAAAGUGACUGACUCUCAAUUUUUCUACUCCCCAGAUGUAUUGCAAGAUGCUAAAUAUUUCACCUCUUUGGGUCCUGGACAUGCUAUCAAAUUCUUCUCUAGGUAUAUUGGAGAGGAUAAUAUGAUAGGAAUUUGUCUCUGGGAGAACGCAAUGGGAAGAACAGGUAUGACCGGAGAUGUUGUAGUUCAACCCCUUAGUGGUGAGGAUAAUGGAGUAAAUGACUACAUGGAAAGGAGAGUGAGAUGGUUAAGAGUUCGAAAGUACAUGGUCUUAGCUGCUACUUUGCUCGAACCUACUACAGAAUCAAUACUCUGUGGUUUAUAUGGAAAUUUUGCUAUACUGACAUUGUUUCUUGGAGCAAAAUCCAUUUUCAACUGGAAAUUAUUUAUGUUCCAUAUGACUGUAUGGAUAAUAACAGACUACAUUCAGUUUUAUGUUCUAUUGAAUAGCGCCCUUCAUAGCGAUGUUAAUUUACCAGCUUGGCUCAAGAAGCAGGAGUCGCCUACUGUGCAAAAAUCCGUGGCUAGGUGGUUCACAGCGUGGCUAGGAAGGGAAUUGCUAGCUUUACCAAUUUGGAUACAGGCUAUGAUUGGUCAUGAAAUUGAUUGGAGAGGCAGGCCAUUUAAGAUUAAGCAAGAUUUAACUGCAGAGGAAUUAUGA